GUCUCGCGAGAGCUUUCCUACCGCCAUCUUGGUGCGGAGGCGGCCGGCGGUCACCGGGACGGAGGGGGUCGUGCUGUUGCCUGCCCGCUCCCGCCCGCCAUGCUCUCCCGCCUCGUCCUCCGCGCCGCCCCGGCCGCGCUGAGGAGCCUGCCGCCUCCCGUCGCCGUGGGUGUGUUGCACACCACAAGACCACUGCAUACAACUCAGCAGAGUUUGGCUCCUUUGCCACCUCUGCCAGAGAAAGGAGGAGAAGUACGUUAUGGUUUGAUCCCUGAGGAGUUUUUCCAGUUUCUCUAUCCUAAAACAGGAGUUACAGGGCCUUACAUGUUGGGAACUGGACUCCUGCUUUACUUUCUCUCUAAGGAAAUCUAUGUAAUUAACCACGAGACAGUUGCAGCUGCCUGCAUAUUAUCGGUCUUCAUUUAUGGCGUAAAAAAAUAUGGGUCUGAUGUAGCAGCUUUUGCUGACAAACUGAAUGAGGAGAAAGUUGCUAAAGCUUUAGAUGUGAAAAAUGAGGCAAUUAAAGGUCUUGAAACUGCCAUUGAACAGGAGAAGAAGGAGCAAUGGCGGGUUGAAGGCCGCAGUUACCUCUUUGACGCUAAGCGGAACAAUAUUGCAAUGUUGCUGGAAACUAAUUAUCGAGAAAGAUUACUGAUGGUGUACAACGAAGUAAAGAAAAGGCUGGACUAUCAAGUGGCUAUGCAGAAUUUAAAGCGUCAGAAAGAACAAGAUCAUAUGAUUCAGUGGGUGGAGAAAAAUGUUGUUCAGAGCAUCACACCUCAACAGGUACUUGCUUUUUUAAGUCUGCUUUAUGUUUUAGUCUACACAAAUAUUUGCUGUCCAGUGAUUCUGGCCAGGUGCUAGGGCGACUUCCAGACGUGGCUGCAACAUAUUCCUACUGCUGAGUAGGAGCUAACAAGGCCAGUUACAAGGUACCAGAUGCUUGUGUGGCUGGUGAUUUAAGCUAGAAUCACGUGUGGCUGUUGUUGCAGCAUAGAGCUGAGCUUGUGAUAAGAUGUUAAGGGACCCUGUAAUAGAUGAGGGAGCUCACUUGUAAAAUUCUCUGUGUAAGACCAUGGCAGGUUAAGAUCUGCAGAUGUCCUUUCUUUUAAGGAAUGGUGCUGAGAACAAAAUAAGAAAACAUGUUCCUAGCACUGCGUGCAGAUGCUUUAAUGUAGGUCAUUGUUUGGAUUUAAAUCUCUGACUUCAUCAGCUAUAAUUCUGUCCCUUUUAAUCUGUAACUCGUUCCAUGGAUCUAAAAAGGAGUAUCUAAAGUGGAUUAGAAUGUGUAUUUUGCUUGUUUAAACGUCUUCCAUAAAGUCUUUCUUCUGAAAGCUGUUUUCCUUCCUUUUGCAGCAGAAGGAGAGCAUUGCAAAGUGCAUUUUGGACCUGAAGGCGUUAUCCAAGAAUGUACAGGCAGCAGUGUAACCAUGUCUGAUUCCACUGAUGUGUCUCACUACUUACUGUUCGAAACUGUAUGAUUCUAAAGUAUCAUUAAACAAACAAACAAAACACUCUGCUGUCUUUCACUAGCAGGAGCAACAGGGAUUUCCUUUUUGUGUCUGCAGUAGCUAGAUUGGUCACACAAACCACUGGUUAGUUUAUAGUAGGGGAUUGUCUGUAAUUCUGCUUGGUUCCUUCUUUAGUCAUGAACAUUUCCAGAGAGAAGAUACAGAACUUCACAGUGAAAAAUUCUGUUGCUAAUACAGUGAUCGUUUUUUUUGGUUUAGAACUCUGUGUGACAGCUACAGAUAUCUGUGGUAACUGUAAACUGUUCUAAAAUCAAAAUGAGUGCCAUUACUCCCAUUCACCUAGUCCAAUACUUGGAGGUACUCUGAAUGUCCUUGUUUUGAAAAUGAGCUGAAAAAAACAAUUUUGUAACAAAAUCUUCAAAUAGUGAUGAAAGUGUCUUCCUGUUCUGUGGAGAAGAUGAUGUAGCUGGCAGGAAAUGUAUGAAAACCUACUGGAAAACUUGGCUUCAAGCGAACAUGCCAGUACUAAGUUUAAAACAGUGGGUAAAUUUAUUCUAGAGGGUGGUUUCUCUCUGGUUUUUCAUGGGGGGGGGAAAGUUGCUUGCUUUUUUAUGUAACAAGGAAAACAGUUUUAUGUGUAUUACGGUAAUACACAGUGUAAGCCUUUUCAUUUUCUUUUUAUAGGCAACUUUUUCCCUGAAGGAUUUUGCCGUAUCUCAGAUGUCCCAGCUGAGCAAAGCACUUGCUAUGUGUAACAACAUCAUUUCUGUGUUGGGAAGUGAUUUGUUUAGUAAAUAAACUUCAGUAUCAAUCCACGUAAGAGAGCCAUGUAAGCUUACUGCAGUAGGGAAAUGCUUAUUUUUAGUGGAGUUAGUGAAAUAGCACAAUUUUCUACACUUUUUCAAUGCAAGUGCUGCAAAAAAAGGUGUUCUUUAGAGGCAAGAACCUUACUUAAAAGUAAGCUAACUGAAACUGGCUUUUUUUCUCAGAUCAACAGUUCCUGAGAAUGCAGGUGUUUUCAUAGUUUUCUGUUUUUUUUAAUAAAAAAAGUGAAGUUGCUCAACUUCCACAUUUGUGUAACCCCAUAUCUGAAUGAGACUCAAGCUGUAACUAGUUUUGACAGAUUGUUCUCACAAAGCAAGCAGUUAAACUGCUGCGCUAACGUGUGAGUUUUCUACCAGCAGACGAGCAGCAGUUGUAUGGUGCGAGGUAAGAUGAAGCUGUAUCGCUUCUUAUCGUGACUAAUUACCACAAACGCAGCGCACUUUUACUUUUUGUCCUGGGUAGGGAACUGGGAGGUCUGAACAGACUGGCUUUCCUGGAACGUGGGCAGCGAUGAUUGUGCAGUAAAAAAAGAUGACAGUAUCCAGAACAGGAUGUUUACUUUCAUGUUGUCGGCAAUACUUUCACAUUAUUCGCUUUGUGCCAUUUGCAAGCCAUGGAGUGGGAAAUAGCAGGGUAGGAAUUUUGUAGUGGACUGGUAUUUCCUUAAGAUUCUGCUUCCAAAUGGAAAAGUUAUUGUUCCUGCUUUGGUGGAAGAAGUGUGACUUGAGAAAGAAAAACUUAAAGGUGCAUUUUGUUAAUGCUGCUUCUGAUUAUGAAAAUGUUGAUAAAGUUCACUCAGUUCUAGCUGCUGCAAAAGCCAGAGUGUGGGUGCUUUUGUAAUUACUGAAUAGACUCCAUCCUUAGGAAAGACGGCAGCACGUUCAUCAAAGUGUGGUGAUCGUGUGCAGACAGGAACGAGACACUGGGAAGUAGGCUUCAUGCUGAGUAAUUGCCAGGUUUGCUGCUGUAGCUUUGUGUAAGAUGUGUGAAAUGCUGAUAGAAGCUGAAUAAAGUCCGUGAGUUGGAAGAGGAC